AUAGGUACGGUGUUGUUAAUACAUUAUGGAAGUUCCUGGUCAAAAGUUGUCGAAGGACGAAGAUGCAAAACUGUGUUGUUUAUGUGAAGAUUUUGACAUAACAACAUAUGCAGAUGGUUUUUGCGUAGAAUGUGAAGUUUACUUUUGUAAUUCAUGUUUCGUGAAACACAAAGGACGUAAAAUUAGUAGAAAUCAUUCCUUAGUAAGAGUCGAUGAUUCGAAUACAGUGACGGUAACGGUUGGUGAUACAUAUGAAACAUGCCAAGAGCACAUUGGAGAAUUUGUGAAAUUCUAUUGUCCAAAGCACGACAAAGUUGGCUGUGCAGAAUGCAUUCUUGUAUAUCAUAAUGGAUGCAAGUUGGAACAUAUCCGUGACAAGGCUGCUGCAUAUGAUAACAGUCAAGAAUUUAGACAUCUUAGAAAGGAGAUGAAGAAAUGCAUGAAAGAGGCUGAAGACAGUCUAUCAUUGAUAAAGAGCAACCGAAAACAGCUUAACGAGUUCUAUGAGCAAUUUGUUAGCGACGUAGAGGCAUUCACAGAUCAUGUAAUUGAACGUAUACAUAAAAUGAAAAAGAAGGUUCUUAAUCAGGCGAAGGACAUUAUGUUGAAUGACAAGAGGAAAACCGAAGAUUUACAGAAGGAUAUCGACAAAUUAAUAGCUGAAUUGACACGCCAAAACAUUGAACUGGAGUCAAAAAGUGACACUCCAAAUAACCUCUUUGUAGCAGCCAUGCUUAUAAAGCCAGAACUGAAAAAGACCCAGGAACAUUUUGAAACUUUAAGAAACAAAAAUCACGUGACUCAGUAUAAGUUCAUAGAAGACAAAAUUCUAGCACAAACAAUAACAGAAAGCAAGGUGAUUGGGAUGCUCAUCGAACAGCCGUUUGAACGGAGUGAACAUCAUCAACACGAAUUUAAACAAUCUAAUUCAGCUGAUGAAGAUCUUUUACCUCAGGUCAGUCGAUUUAUUAAAAAAACCUAAUUUAAGGUGGUGUAC